AUGACGCCAGGAGACCUCGUCAAUCUGCAGAUGUCAGACAUUCUUGCAGUAGCUCUAGGAGGGGCUGCAGGAGGUUUGGCAUUAGUUGGUGCCAUCACACUCAUUGUAGUGCUAUGCCUACGGCACCGCAGAAGGAAUUCAGAUUCUUCAGAGAGUAAUUCGUCGGGUCAAGCUCUUCCAGACAUGCAAGGAGCAAGAUGUAUGACACUGGAGGAACUAAGGUCUGCUACAAAUAACUUCAGCAGCUCGAAUCUCGUCGGACAUGGAAUGUUCGGAGAGGUAUACAACGGUUUGCUCCAGGAUGGCACAAUUAUAGCGGUUAAAAGGCGGCAUUCUCCUCCGAGCCAGGAAUUUCUUCAUGAGGUUAAUUACUUAUCGUCUAUCCGUCGUCAUCCCAACCUCGUAAAUCUCUUGGGGCAUUGCCAGGACAAUGGCAUGCAGAUGCUUGUUUAUCAGUAUGUCCCCAAUGGCAGCAUUUCUACGCAUUUGCAUGGAAAUGGCCAUUCUCCAACUGCAAGGCUAGAAUUCAAGCAGAGACUUGCUAUUGCUCAUGGAACCGCUAAGGGCCUGAGUCACCUGCAUUCCAUGACCCCUCCUGCUGUCCACAUGAACUUCAAAACUGCUAAUGUCCUGGUGGAUGCGGAUUUCUUACCAAAAGUUGCUGAUACUGGCAUCCGAGGCCUACUUGAUCGACUAGGCAAUGCUGGCCCGCCUUCGAUGAUAUUCAAUGAUCCGUUCGUUGAUCCUCGGGGGAAGGAGUCCAUGAUUUUUUCCAUACAAAGUGAUGUAUACAGUUUUGGUGUGUUCCUUGUGGAGUUGAUCAGUGGAAGGACGGCUGCGUCUGAUCAAGGCAUUAUUGAAUGGGUUCGGAACUUUCAAGAAUCAAGUGAAAUCUCUGCAAUAGCAGAUAGGAGAAUGACCAGCGGCUUUACCCCACGAGGCAUGAAGGAAUUGUUGCGCUUGGCAUCGCGGUGCGUGAACCCGGCAAGCGAGGAUCGUCCGUCGAUGAGCCUGGUGGAAGCCGAGAUACACCGGAUACGCGAGCAGGAGAUCAGGAGGACGACAGCCAUGCCAGUGGGCGACACAACUGUGACCCUAGGCAGCCAGCUCUUCACAUCACCAAGAUGA